AUGCACCCGGGCUCGCUGUGUCUCCUGGGCCCCCCCUGCGCACCCCGCUGCUGUGACCCGGGGGCGCCCUCGGUUGCCGUUUGCUCGGGUGACACCAGCCCUGCCUUUGGGCUCUGCCUACCCAGCUGCCACCAAGGGACCCUCUGGCUCCUGGAUGACGGCCAGGGAGGCCACGGACACGCGUGGAGCUGCGAGCCCAGCGCCCGCACCAUGAGCUGGGACCCCCGGACCUGCUGUGCGCCCGGCCGCUGUCCCGCUCCUGUAGGGGGGACGGCCUGCGGUGCCUGGGGGACCCCCAACGCGGGGCCAGGACCAGGACCCCGUCCCAGCCGCCACCCCAGCUGCCGCCCAUGCACCUGGACCCAGGGGCGUGCGCCCCACGGCCCCACGUGCAGCCCGCGCGCCCCUGCAGCCGGCCGGACCCUGGGCGUCGGCCCCCCAUGCCUUGCGCGCCUGCGCUGCUUCCCCGGGAGCGCCCGGCCCCUGCCCCCCUGCAGACGGGGCGGUCUCUGGGGCAGAAGCUGCAGAAACCCUGGCUCCGUACCCGGCUUCGCCCCCUCCCGCUGCGUGGCCAGCGGCUGCCAGUCCCGAAACUGCGUCCUGAGAGACGGUCCCUGGCCCAGGCUCAGGCCCGCGAGCUGCCCGCCACUGAGCUGUGCUUCCAGAAACAUCCGGCCACUGGGCCACCUGCCCAGCACCUUCCCGCCGCUGCGGUACCUGCGACACGGCUGCAGGGCCUGA